CGAAUCCAGUCGCACCCCGCGCCGUCGGCCGUCGCUUGGUCGCGAGUUUCACGACGCGUGCCUCGUCGCCCCGCGCCCCGCCGCCCUCGCCGAGUGGCGCGUGUUGUGUCCAGUGUGGAAGAUGCCGGAUGCGCCGCUCAAGCAGCCCCUGACAGUGCACUAGUCGACCACCUCCGCGAUGGCGAUCCCCGUCGUCGACGACUCAGGAUUGGCGGGCCACAUGGACCCGGGCUUGUUCGAGGCCGGUAACUGCACCGCCUGGAACUUCGACGCCGGAACCAACUCACCGUAUAAUUGUUCUUUCCGGAACUUCACCGGCGCUGAAGAGGAGGAGCUCUACGACGUGCCCGUCGGCGUCAUCGUGCUGCUCUCCGUCUUCUACGGCACCAUCUCGGCCGUGGCCGUGGUGGGCAACUCCAUCGUCAUCUGGAUCGUGGCCACCAGCCGCAGCAUGCAGAACGUCACCAACUACUACAUCGCCAACCUGGCGCUGGCGGACAUCGUCAUCGGCCUCUUCGCCAUCCCGUUCCAGUUCCAGGCCGCCCUGCUCCAGCGCUGGAUCCUGCCCAACUUCAUGUGCCCGUUCUGCCCGUUCGUGCAGGUGCUGACCGUCACCGUCAGCGUGUUCACGCUCACGGCCAUCGCCAUCGACCGCCACCGCGCCAUCCUCAACCCCCUCAGCGCGCGGCCGUCCAAGCUCCGGGCCAAGAUCAGCAUCGCCGUCAUCUGGUUGGCGUCGGCGGUGCUGGCCACCCCCAUGGCGGCAGCCCUGCGCGUCAGCGAGGUGUCGCACGUCGUGGACGGGCGCACCGUGGAGAAGCCCUUCUGCAGCAACCAGCUCAUGUCCAAGGAGGCCAUGAUGACGUACCGCUCCGUGCUGUGGGUGCUGCAGUACUUCACGCCGCUCUGCAUCAUCACCUUCGUGUACGCCCGCAUGGCGCUGCGCCUCUGGGGGUCCCGGACGCCCGGCACGGCGCACGACACCCGCGACGCCACCAUCAUGCGCAACAAGAAGAAGGUGAUCAAGAUGUUGGUGAUCGUCGUGGCCUUGUUCGCACUGUGCUGGUUCCCGCUGCAGACGUACAACAUCCUGCAGGACAUGUUCCCCAGGAUAAACAGCUACAAGUACAUCAACAUCAUCUUCUUCUGCUGCGACUGGCUGGCCAUGAGCAACAGCUGCUACAACCCCUUCAUCUACGGCAUCUACAAUGAAAAGUUUAAACGCGAGUUCCAGCAGCGGUUCCCGUUCCGCCACCGGCGCAGGGACACCUGGGGGCCGCACGACUCGGUGGACGACAAGACCCUCUCCGCCGUGGGGGGCACGCGCUCCUCCGUGCUGCGCUCCACGGCCUACCACCACGACUGGCGGCGCGCCUACUCGUCCAGGACGGCGUCGUCGCCGCGCUUCUACCCGCCGCCGCCCCGGGAGUACGGCGUCAACGGCGCGUCCGAGACCCUGUACCGGCCCUACGCGGCCAGGCUCGCCGAGGGACAGCAGCGCCGGCUCACGGCCUCGGACCUGGAGUCGGCCUCGGGCUCGGCCUCCACCUCCACCACCGAGCUCUACGUGUUCCCCGCGGCCAGGGCAUCCAGCGUCGCCGGCCACGUCGUCGCCCGCAAGGACAGCCACUCCAGCGAGGAGGGGGACAUGUUCCCCUUGUAGGUGGGAGACCGCUCGCCUCGUCACGUGCCAGUGCAUUGCGAGUGCCAGACUACCCGCAAAUGACAUCGCGCGGACGGAGACGAAAUCUUGAACGAACCCUCCCGCUGCGGGCCGACUGUGCUCUCUCUGAGGGGAGGAAUGUGCAACGGAAUCCUGGCUAGUGCCCCGGCAGAAUUGGUCGGUGGAGUUGAAAGACUGAUCAUCACUGCCCUGGCAGUGUUUUCCUUACGGCGCUCUAUGUCUCUGUCUCGCUUCUCUGGUCAGUGUAGAAACAAACUAGGUUUAGGUCUACCGUGUGAUCCGUGAAGUAUUAUUGCACAGCAUGUUCGGUUUUGCUGGAAUGUAAAUAUUUUCGUACCUGCCUAUCGCUCUUCCAAUAAACUAUUUUUUCUGUGUGUCAGUUUUGGAUUGGUUCGUCGUGUGCCACGCCUCUUAUCAAUCAUUAAUUUGAUGAAAAAGGGAAAAAAUAAAAUGAAUCUCGUUUCUUGA